UCACCGCCUGGUAAUCUCCUCCCUACCACUCCUAUCUUCCUUUUCUUCUUCUUAAACCAAGCCUCCGACAAUCAUCUCUUAAUAAGAGAAGUCCCUCGAUUUGCAUAUGAGGAGGCUCUGUAAACAUUUAUGUGCUAUUAGAAUCGGAGUUAGAACCCCUCCUUUCUAUUUCUCAUUCUGUAGCUUUAAUAUAAACCCACCCGUUCAACCCACAUCCACAUGUCGUGUUCCAAACUUUAUUGUCUCUGCGUCAUUACUACAAACACCUUGUUUGGGUUUAGUCAAACUGUCAUUUUCUUUGAAUCCCAUUGCCGCAUUGAAGGUCGCUGCGAGGCCCUUUUGUUCAGAAAUUGUCCCAUUGUGCCCAACUGUUGAUAUUAGUGUGAAAGAUGUUGAGAAAGAGGAUAAACGUUUAGAAAGUGAUGUUGAUAAGUUGCACAAUGCUGUUAUUGAUAACUCUAAUCCAUAUCAAAAUAUGGAGAAGGCUCUUGAACAAGUUGGUGUAGAAUUGACUACUGAAUUAGUAGUUGAGGUUCUUCAUAGGCUUCGGUUUGAGGAGAAGAUAGCGUUUAGAUUCUUUACGUGGGCAGGGCAUCAAGAAAAUUAUGCCCACGAGCCUCGGGCAUAUAAUGAUAUGAUUGACAUGCUGUCUAGUACAAGAUACAAGGUCAAGCAGUUUCGGAUAGUUUGCGAUUUACUGGAUUACAUGAAGAGGCGUGAAAAGAGUACCGUUCCUGUUGAGGUUCUUUUGAAAAUUUUGAGACAGUACACCGAAAAGCAUCUGACCCAUUUGCACAAAUUUGCCAAGAAGAAGAGGAUAAGGGUGAAGACGCAGCCGGAGAUCAAUGCCUUUAACUUGCUGUUGGAUGCUUUGUGCAAGUGCGGUCUGGUCCAUGAUGCUGAAGCCAUGUUUAAGAAGGCGAAGAAAAAGGUUAAGCCUGAUGCUGAUACAUAUAACAUAUUGUUUUUUGGGUGGUGUAGAGUUAGAAACCCGACUAGAGGGAUGGGGAUACUGGAGGAAAUGAUUGAUUUGGGUCAUACGCCUGAUAAUUUUACGUACAAUACUGCUAUUGACACCUUUUGCAGAGCAGGGAUGGUGACAGAAGCAGCUGAACUCUUUGAGUUCAUGAGAACGAAAGGUUCUACGAUAUCUUCGCCUACUGCUAAAACUUAUGCAGUCAUGAUUGUGGCUCUCGUCCAGAAUGAUAGAAUGGAGGAUUGCUUCAAACUUCUGGGGCACAUGAUUAAUAGUGGUUGCCUUCCCGAUGUUUCGACAUACAAGGAUCUGAUUGAAGGGAUGUGUUUGGCCGGCAAGAUUGAGGAAGCCUACAAGUUCUUAGAAGAGAUGGGAAAUAAAGGUUACCCGCCUGAUAUCGUUACGUAUAACUGUUUUCUCAAGGUCCUCUGUCACAAUAAAAAGAGUGAUGAAGCGCUUAGGCUUUAUGGGAGAAUGCUUGAGAUGGGUUGUGUGCCUAGUGUGCAGACCUAUAAUAUGCUGAUUUCAAUGUUUUUUGAGAUGGUGGAUCCUGAUGGGGCAUUCGAGGCAUGGAAUGAGAUGGAUAAGAGGGGCUGUUCACAGGACGAGGCUACUUAUUGCCUGAUGAUUGAUGGGCUUUUUUGUUGCAACAAGGUUCAAGAUGCUUGUUUGCUUUUGGAAGACGUGAUAAACAAGGGAAUGAAAUUACCAUAUCGGAUGUUUGAUUCAUUUUUGAUGCAACUUUCUGUGAUUGGUGAUCUUCGUGCUAUCUACAGGCUUUCAGAGCAUAUGAAAAAGCUCUACAAUCCUGCUAUGGCAAGACGUAUUGCACUGAACCAGAAGCGAAGGAGCGUGAGCUUGAGAGGGAAGUAAUAGGAUUUAAAAUAAGUCGUCUACCUUUUCUGCACAGUGUCUUUGUGGAAAUCAUGUAUUGAGCUCAUUUUCACAAUGCUGGUGCCACCUCUUAGGAAAAUAUAGGUGCGGAGCAGCAAUGAAUCCUCAUUUGUAUUAUAGAAGAAUUCUUGGUUGCUAUUGAGCUAUGGAUUUCGAAAAGCUGUCUCCAGAGAGCUCUAACCCUGCAAUACACGAUUGACUGCCUCAUCA